AUGUCUCGCUACGCAUCUCUUUACACAGACCCCAAAGGCCCAGGUGACAGCCGCCCAACUGCCCUUCAGAUUGUCCAAGACGAGCAGAUGCAGCAGAAGUUAGUCGGCAAGACAGCUGUAAUCACCGGCGUCUCUUCCGGCAUCGGUAUCGAAACUGCUCGAGCUCUUGCCACUACUGGCAUCAAGCUCUUCCUUACUGCUCGCAACCUUGACAAGGCGAAGGAAGCUCUCGCAGAUUUCUGGAACCCUGAUCAGAUGGAACUUGUUCAUCUUGAACUUGACUCCAUGGACAGUGUUCGAGCUGCGGCAAAGGACAUUCUAUCCAAGACCGAGGAGAUCAGCAUAUACGUUGCCAAUGCCGGUGUCAUGGCUAUUCCAGAGCUUACCAUCACUGCGGAUGGUUUCGAGGAACAGUUCGCUACGAACCAUUUAUCCCACUUUUUACUCUUUGAGCUUCUUAAACCUGCUCUUCUCAAGGCAUCCACCCCAGAGUUCCAAUCUCGUGUUGUUGUGGUCACGGCCACGGCUCAUCGCAUUCAUGGCAUAGCUACCUCUGAUGACCACAACUACGAGAAGAGCGCUGCAUCAGUGUACUCACCUUGGGGAGCGUACGCGCGUUCAAAGACAGCCAAUGUCUACAUGGCGAACGAAAUUGAGCGCCGUUACGCCACCGAGGGAAUUCAUGCCAACAGUGUAGCCCCUGGACUUGUAGCUUCAGGCAUUGGUCGCCACGUUUCAGAGGAGGUGAUGCUCUCAGUUAUCAGUGAGAAAAUGAAUCACAUCCAGAGUCUGGGUCAAGCCGCUGCCACGACUCUUAUUGCAGCUGUUGGUAAGCAGUGGGAAGGCCGAGGUGGUGUUUAUCUCAGUCACUGUGUUGCGGCGGAACGUGGCGAUGACAAUGAUGCUGCUGUCUCUGAAACUUAUGUUUCCCAUACUUAUAGCCCCGAGAAUGAAGAAAGACUUUGGAAGGAUUCUUUGGAGAUGGUUAAGCAGUGGAACAACUAG